AGUGACACUAAUGAGCGAGUUCUUCCCACCGGUCUCCUGCCUGGAAGUGCUGACAGAUCAAGGCAACAAAUUUCAAUUACAAGCCCUAAUUUGUGUCCGCAGAGCGUUUGUUACCCAUGUCAGUCCUGCCUGGCCCAUCAGAAGGGGCAGAACGCGGAGGAGGAGGAGGGGGAGAGAAGAAGCGCAUCUGCAGAAAGAAGUAGAUUUUUUUUCCUCUAAAAAAAGCCAACCCAAAUCGACUCUCCCCCCCCCCCCCCAAAAAAAAAAAAAAAAAAAGCAAAACAAAACAACAACUUGGCUGAUAACUCGGAUUUAAAAAGAAAGGCGAGGAAAAGCCCCAGCCCCUUGCCGGCGCGGUCGGGAGGACGGGCGGGCGGCCGGGUGCGGUGCCGGCGCCGACGACCGCGGCGCGCCUGGAUGCGCGGGCUGUAGGGGGGCGGGCAUGGCCGACAAGCGGCGGUCCUCGCCCGGCACCACCAUGAGCCUCAAGGCUCACGCCUUCUCCGUGGAGGCGCUCAUCGGGGCCGAGAAGCAGCAGCCGCCGCCGCCACCACCGCCGCGGCAGCCGAAGCGGAGGAAGCUGGGCGGCGAGGACGAGGCGGCGGAGGACGAAGGGGGAAGCGGCUGCUGCGCCAAGAGCUCCCCGGCUGCUGCCGGCAGCAGGACCUGCGGCGACAUGGAGCUGGGCUGCUCCGUCCGCGCCCCCGCCGGUGAGUGCCACCCCGCUCCCCGCCGCCGCGGGUGCCUGCUGGAGCGGGCGGGUGCCGGCGGCUGCGAGGAGGGCUUCCCAGCGGCCUCCCCACCCGCCUCCCCCGGCGGCUCCCCGAAGGGCUCGAGGCCCGGAUCGCCGCUGGCCGCACCGCAGGCGCCGCGGGUGGACCUGCAGGGCGCCGAGCUCUGGAAGCGCUUCCACGAGAUCGGCACCGAGAUGAUCAUCACCAAGGCGGGAAGGCGGAUGUUUCCCGCAAUGAGAGUGAAGAUCUCAGGUUUAGACCCACAUCAGCAAUAUUACAUUGCUAUGGAUAUUGUGCCAGUGGAUAACAAAAGAUACAGGUAUGUUUAUCAUAGCUCCAAGUGGAUGGUGGCUGGUAAUGCUGACUCCCCAGUACCCCCUCGUGUUUAUAUUCACCCUGAUUCACCUGCCUCCGGGGAGACGUGGAUGAGACAAGUGAUCAGCUUUGACAAACUGAAGCUUACCAAUAAUGAGCUGGAUGAUCAAGGGCAUAUUAUCCUACACUCUAUGCAUAAAUAUCAGCCUCGUGUCCAUGUCAUCCGAAAAGACUGUGGAGAUGAUUUGUCGCCCGUCAAGCCUGUCCCUUCAGGAGAAGGGGUGAAAGCCUUCUCCUUUCCAGAGACAGUUUUCACUACUGUCACAGCAUACCAAAAUCAACAGAUAACUCGUCUGAAGAUUGAUAGGAAUCCAUUUGCCAAAGGCUUUAGAGAUUCGGGACGUAACAGAAUGGGACUGGAAGCUUUGGUAGAGUCUUAUGCGUUCUGGAGACCUUCACUGAGAACACUGACCUUUGAAGAUAUACCUGGGAUACCCAAACAAGGAAAUGCAGGUUCCUCUACUUUGCUCCAGGGAUCUGGCACUGGAGUGCCAUCUACCCACCCUCACCUUUUACCGGGUUCCCCUUGCUCAUCUCCAGCCUUCCACCUCAGUCCCAACACUAGCCAGCUCUGUAGCCUUGCUCCAGCUGACUACACAGCUUGUGCCCGGUCAGGCUUGACCCUGAACAGAUACAGCACUUCUUUGGCUGAAACUUACAACAGGCUCACAAACCAAACCAGUGAGACAUUUGCACCCCCAAGGACUCCCUCCUAUGUUGGUGUGUCAAGUAGCACAACUGUGAAUAUGUCUAUGAGUGGCAAUGAUGGGGAUGCAUUCAGCUGCCCGCAGACUGGCUUAUCUAUGCAGAUUUCAGGGAUGUCUCCACAGCUCCAGUACAUCAUGCCAUCCCCAUCCAGCAAUGCCUUUACCACUAAUCAAACCCACCAAGGCUCCUACAACACGUUUAGACUGCACAGUCCCUGUGCGCUCUAUGGAUAUAACUUUUCCACAUCCCCUAAACUGGCUGCCAGUCCUGAGAAAAUUGUUUCUUCCCAAGGAAGUUUCUUGGGGUCCUCACCAAGUGGAACCAUGACGGAUCGGCAGAUGUUGCCCCCCGUGGAAGGAGUGCACUUACUUAGCAGUGGGGGGCAGCAGAAUUUCUUUGACUCUAGGACCCUAGGAAGCUUAACACUCUCGUCUUCUCAAGUGUCUGCACAUAUGGUUUGAUGAAACCUUUAAGUAAAAGUACAGUAUGUUAGUGUCUACAAUAUAUUUCUUUCGCAAUAUGAAAGGACACUCGGUGUAGCUUGUAAAGUGUGUGUAUAUAUAUAAUAUGAGAGGAAGUUUCACUGAAUUUUUUACUUGUUUGUGGCCAGAUUAUUCUCCUAUUUUGUGUUACACAGAAUUUUCUGUGGCGUAGACUGCUUUAGUUUUCUGGUAUAAUACCCUUAGUUGUAUAACACGUUGGGACAUAUGCAACAAAUUAAGUAAGACUUCCUCCCCUUUCCCCCUCCUCUGUUCUAACCCCUUUAAAGAAUGAAAUAACACUUGGAGUAUUAAACAACACAGACAAGCCCACUUACACUUCCUAGAGUACUAGUGAGUUUCUUUUAAAACAUUGACACGAUAAGCUGAUGCACCAAAGGCAUUUUACAAGUUUCUUCUCUGUUACAAGGGAUAUGAAGGGUAUUUGGACUUUUAAGUGUUAAGAAUCAAACAUCCAGCCUAAAAUAGAAGUUUAGCUAAUGGAUUAUUUACAAAGUAAACAGAAAGAUUAGCUUGCCUUCUCAUGAUACACUGUUUUCAGCUUUUCAAUGGCACAUCAUUCUUGCUAGGAUUUUCUUUCAGCAUUAGCCUACACUUAUGAUUAGGUAUUUGAAGAUAAAUAAUGCGUAUUCAGAUAGUGGUGAAUGGAGUAGUUUAAACCGACAGCAGAAGAAGAGGCAUUCCUUAGUACAGAAUGAACUUCGGUGUGCUUAAUUUUUGUCAAAGGAAGGGCUUGAUGCAUUUUUUUUCCUGAAUAAAUAUUGCCUAUAAGACAUUUACUGGACAGUAGGAUAAUCUAAUGUAUCUUUGGUUUUGUAUUUUUACUUUUUUUAAAGGAAAAUGCAGGUUUGCUUGGAGGGGGGGGGGAAGGCAAGGAGGAUGAGAAGUUUCAUUAUUGAUUUUACCCAUCUCUGUGUGUGUUGUGUUUGGUUUUGUUUGUUUUUUUUUU